AUGCAGCAUGCCAUACGCAGCUACGCCACGACGCUGGAAUCUGACAGAAAGGGAUUGGUUCUCAAGAUUCAAGACGGUGAAAAACGGAAUGCGAAGCGAUUAUCCUCUUUGUGGCUACGUGAUAAUUGUCGCUGUGUGAAAUGCGUAAACCAGGACACUAUGCAGAGGAAUUUUAACACGUUUGAGCUCUCGGGUGUUGCUGCCACGACCAUUCAGCCAAAAGAAGAUGGUGUCGAUGUAACUUGGUCGGAUUCUCAUGAGAGCAAUUAUAGCUGGUCGUGGCUUCGGUCUAUGCUCUAUGACAAGGGUGGGAAUAAAAAUCGCCAGAUUCUGUGGACGGGCCCAGUCAUAACAAACCAUCGCCCUGAAGUCUCAUUCGAGAGCGUUAUGGCCAAGGACGACAGGACCGGAAUGGCAGACCUGACGGAAAAGAUUCGUAACUUUGGAUUGUGCUUUGUCGUCAACUCACCCAAGACGCCUGAGGCAACCAAGGAACUGUUAGAGGCUAUAGGUCCCAUCCGAAACACUCAUUACGGAGGCUUUUACGACUUCAUCCCAGACUUGGCGAAAGCAGACACUGCUUACACCAACUUGGCGCUCGCUGCGCACACUGACACAACCUACUUUACCGAGCCCGCUGGUCUGCAAGCAUUCCACAUGCUGUCCCACACGCCGCCUCCUGACAAGGCCAACGAUGAUGACAGUCUUGGCGGGCAGUCCCUUCUUGUGGACGGAUUCUACGCCGCUUACAGACUGAAGAAGGAAUUCCCCGAUGCUUACGAGACACUUCGAACAGUUGGAGUCCCCUGGCACGCGAGCGGAAAUGAAGGUGUUGCCAUUGCGCCUGACAGAGCAUAUCCUGUGAUUGAGGCAUCCCCCCAUAGGAUCCGCCGUAUCCGAUGGAACAAUGACGACAGAGGAGUGAUUCCGCUGCAAGUGGAUGUAAACAAAUGGUACAGCGCAGCCGGGAAGUGGGACAAUAUCUUGCGACGCAAAGAGAAUGAAUACUGGUUCCAGCUCGAGCCAGGCCGAAUUUUGAUCUUUGAUAACUGGCGCGUUCUCCACGGCAGAAGCGCUUUCGAAGGCCUGCGGCGCAUCUGUGGUGGAUAUAUCAACAGGGACGAUUUCAUUUCUCGGUUCAAAACAUCCAACUUCCCUGGCGAUCAAGUCAUUGCUGCAAACAUGCAGCUGAAAUAG